AUGGCGUCUAUCUUGCGACAGAUUGUCGCGGGACCUCGUGCUCGCCAUCCUGAAGCUGGCUUGGAUCUUUGCUAUGUUACGGAUCACAUUAUCGCAACAUCUGGACCUUCAGAAACAUACCCCCAACUCGCAUACCGAAACCCUCUCGAUCAGGUCGUCAAAUUCCUCGACAGCAAACAUGGCGACGACUGGGCCAUAUGGGAGUUUCGCGCAGAAGGAACAGGUUACCCCGAUGAAUCUGUGUACGGUCGCGUGAGGCAUUACCCAUGGCCUGACCACCAUCCCCCGCCGUUCCGACUCGUUCCAAUGAUCAUGGCCAGCAUGCGCAACUGGCUGCACGGCGGCGAAUUAGAUGGCGGAAAAGUCGCAAGCGAUGGGAGACCCAUGUCGUCGAGCAAGGGUACUCUCACUCAAGAACAAAAGGAUGCGAAGCGCGAGAAAAGAGUCGUUGUGGUGCACUGCAAAGCCGGAAAAGGACGCAGUGGUACAGUGAGCUGCAGUUAUCUCAUCGCAGAAGAGGGAUGGAAGCCUGAAGAUGCUCUUGCGCGAUUCACCGAACGACGUAUGCGCCCCAAGUUUGGUGCUGGUGUAUCAAUCCCCUCGCAGCUCCGUUGGAUCAGUUAUGUUGAGCGCUGGACCAAAGGCGGCAAAAAAUACACCGAUCGACCUAUCGAAAUCGCCGAGAUUCACGUCUGGGGCUUGCGCCAUGGUGUCAAAGUAGACAUUGAAGGAUUCAGAGACGAGGGUAAAAAGAUUGACGUCUUUCACACGUUCAAAAGACAAGAGCGCGUGGUCGUUGACCCAGCAGCACCAGAGGAGAGCGGUAUCAGCGACAUGAUUUGGGAAAUGGCAGGAUAUCCUGCUGCAAAGGCGAACCAGAAAGCGCCGGAAGAUGCGCACUACUCUGAUGCAACAAACCCCGGAGAUGAUCCCGCGACUGAAGACAAGGGCAAGAAACACGCUCUCAAGAGAAAGGGUACAGAGAUUUUGCACAAGGUGUCGUCAAAGGGCACGAAGCCCAAAAACGGAUCUGCUUCAUCGUCAAAGACGGAUGUUACAGAUAAUUCCGAGGAAGAGCCUGGUGGUAUGGCAGUCAUUUUGAGGCCGACUGAACCAGUUCGCAUUCCAAACAGCGAUGUCAACAUUUCGGUCGAGCGUCGCAACAAGACUCCCAAGAGCAUGGGUCUUACUAUGGUCACGGCUGUCGCACACGUCUGGUUCAACACUUUCUUCGAGGGCGAGGGACCUGAAAGGGACGGCAAGGCUCUUGACAGCGGCGUCUUUAGCAUCGAGUGGGAUGCCAUGGACGGUAUCAAAGGUUCAAGCCGCAAGGGUUCUCGUGCUUUUGAUCGUAUUGCUGUGGUGUGGCGUGUAGCCGGUACCGAUGCCUUGCCUGAGGAAGUGGUCGAGCCAGCAGAGGGACAGCCAGUACCUCAAGUUCGACCGGCAGAUUGGCAGGGCGCAAACAAGGAAGAUCCAGAUAGCCAGAAGGAUCUGGGUCUCAGAGUGCAGAGCCCUGCCAGUGCGGAUGUGAGCAAGGCCAGUAGCAUGAGAAGCACAGAGGAACCUGGCGAGACGAAAGAUGGGGAGCUUGAAGGUGUGAGGUCCAGUGGUCCGACAGGAGAGGAUUUGCACGUCGGUGAUCACGGGGAAGUUAAAGAUGGGAACAAGAAGUAG